CAUCAUGGGAAACGUGUCUCCUAUUGCUCUCCUAUGUACUUUUUCCUUUUUUCUCCUCCCUGGGUUUUAUAGCGAGAACAACGCUUAAAGAGACUCAAGAAUAAAAUCCCAUUUUGGAGCUGCAAUCUUUCACGAACUUUUCAAAGGUGAUCUUCAGUAGUCAUGGCCCGUACCAAGCAGACCGCCCGUAAGUCCACUGGAGGCAAAGCCCCACGUAAGCAGCUGGCCACAAAGGCUGCUCGUAAGAGCGCCCCCUCCACUGGUGGUGUGAAGAAGCCCCAUCGUUACAGGCCCGGUACUGUGGCUCUGCGUGAGAUCCGGCGUUAUCAGAAAUCCACUGAGCUGCUGAUCCGCAAGCUGCCCUUCCAGCGCCUGGUGAGAGAAAUCGCUCAGGACUUCAAGACUGAUCUGCGUUUCCAAAGUGCAGCCAUCGGAGCUCUACAGGAGGCCAGUGAGGCCUACCUGGUGGGUCUGUUUGAGGACACCAACCUGUGCGCCAUCCACGCCAAGCGUGUCACCAUCAUGCCCAAAGACAUCCAGCUGGCACGUCGUAUCCGUGGAGAGCGUGCUUAAGAUGUUUUCUGGUUUAUUUUAUGCUCUGUCCUCUUGUCCCUUUACCACUCUUUCAUCCCUAUACUUUCAUCUCUAUACUAAGUAGUUUGGUUUGAGGUUCUAUAUAUAUCAUAUGAUUGUGAUAACCGUAUAAUGUGUGAUCAUGUCUUCUUUGGUGCUACUAGUAGCAGAGUUUCCUUAGAGAUAUCUUCAUUAAUGUCUGAAACUUUGAAUCACAGUUACACUCCUCACUUCUCUCUAGCUUGCUCAAAGAAGUGUCUUCUUAUCUCUAUGAGUAGGGUGUUUUUGCAAGCAAAGAAUAGUGUAAUUAAUUAAACAAGGGUUGAAAAUUAGACACACUCAUCUUCAGACAGACACAUACAUUGAUAUAGUUGGUCUUUUUGAUUUCUUUUAUUAGAAAAUUGUGGUAAAAGUAGUGAUUUCUCCUUUUUUUACAAUAAUGGUGUAUUUCUACUGUUCCUUUUUAAUGUAUCAAAACAGAAAUGUUGAUUCUGGAUGUCAGUUAGAAACGUCAUUGUGCUAUGAUGACACUGCAUGGUUUGACAGAUUGCAAGCGGCAUAUAUGUAGCAGAACUUUGUUGAUCAUGUUUUAAUUUUCAGCCAUGUCGUUAUGUCCAGGUUAAUCUUUUGACUUUUGGUUCUUCUCUCAGGUUGAUAUGGUAACCUUUUUUUUUCUACUGUGUGUUUGAUUUAUGUUUUCAGUCAUUUUUAAAGGCAAAAAUAUUUGUAUCCUGGAAUUCACUUACAAACAUAAUAAACAUACUUGUGGUUAAAUGA